AGCGUGCCGGGCGAGCCCUGAGACUUGCCUUGCAAUGCCAUGUUUGUGUGUGUGCUCUAACUCCCCGAGAGCGAUCAGGGAGACGGCUCCCCGGCCGGACUUGGCUGAUGUUUUCUUGUUUCUGUUUCAGCCUUCAGGAUAAUUCCUUCAGCAGCACCGCUGUAACAGAGUGUGAGGAAGACACAGUCUCUCUACAUGAAGACCAGACUGAUUGCUCCAGUCUCAGAGAUGAAGACAAUAAAGAAAAUUACCCCGAUGCCGGGGCUGCUCUAGAGGAGCCCGCGCCCUCCCACGAGCCGCAGCAUGUAGAGCAGACCGUGCUGGUGGACGGAGUGCUGCGACCCAGUAUGGGCAACUUCAAGUCCCGGAAGCCCAAGUCCAUCUUCAAAGCAGAGAAUGGGAGGAGCCACGGAGAAAGUCAGGAGGCAGAGCAUGUGGCAUCCAGCCAGUCGGAGUGCCGGGGGAGAACAGGAAUGCGGCUUCAACCAAGACUAGACCAGAAGCCUGCCAUUUUGCCAAAGGAUGCUUUUGAAACUCGGCAGGAUGAGGAAGAAGCUGCUCAGGUGCAUGGCGUCAAGGACCCAGCCCCAGCAACCACCCAGAGUGUCCCUGCCGAAGCGGCAGAUGCUGCAGACCCUGCACCAGUCUAUAAAGAUGGUCAGAAUGGAGCAGACAGUGCACCAGAAGACCCCCAGUCUGUCGGGCCCAGCCGGCUGCUCUAUCACAUCACUGAUGAUGACAACCCCCUGCUGUCACCGCGAUGCUCCAUUUUCAGCCAAAGCCAGAGAUUCAACUUAGAUCCUGAAUCAGCCCCUUCUCCACCCAGCACUCAGCAGUUUAUGAUGCCCCGAAGUUCUUCACGGUGCAGCUGUGGUGAUAGUAAGGAGCCACAGACCAUUGCCCAACUCACCAAGCACAUCCAGAGCCUCAAGCGGAAAAUUCGGAAAUUUGAAGAAAAAUUUGAACAAGAAAAGAAAUACCGGCCUUCACAUGGUGACAAGACUUCAAAUCCUGAAGUCCUGAAAUGGAUGAAUGAUUUGGCUAAAGGUCGUAAACAGCUCAAAGAAUUAAAGCUGAAGCUGUCAGAGGAACAAGGGAGUAUUUCCAAAGGCCCACCUAGAAACUUGUCCUGUGAGCAACCCAUAGCCCCCAGAGAUGAUGGGAAGCCGGAAGCUGUGGGCCCUGAGCCAAGCUCCUCUGGAGAGGAGACUCCGGAUGCUGUGACAUGCUUGAAGGAGAAGAGAGAGCAACUUCCCUCUCAGGAGGAUUCUAAGGUAACUAAGCAAGACAAGAACCUCAUAAAGCCUCUUUAUGAUCGAUGCAGAAUUAUCAAGCAAAUAUUGUCAGCGCCUUCCCUUAUUCCAACAAUUGAGGAAGAGGACUCUGAUGAAGACUGUCCACAGGGAAGCCAACAACCUUCUUUGCCAGAUCCAGCAUCUCACCUUCCUGGUGGUGAUCACCUAACCUACUCUAAUGAGGCUGAGCCUGUAAGGGUCCUACUACCAGAUGAAAAGAAAGAAAUCAAACAACCAGCCCUCUCCAUGUCCAAUUUACACGAGGCCACCAUGCCUGUACUUCUUGACCAUCUCCGAGAAACUAGGGCUGACAAGAAGAGACUUCGGAAAGCCUUAAGAGAAUUUGAAGAACAGUUUUUUAAACAAACAGGAAGAAGUCCACAAAAGGAAGAUAGGAUACCAAUGGCAGAUGAGUACUAUGAAUACAAGCACAUAAAAGCCAAACUGAGACUACUAGAGGUCCUAAUCAGCAAGCAAGAUGUGGCCAAAACUAUCUGAGGUUCAAGAAAUAUUUGUGAUCACUUUCAAGAUAAAGUUUAUUUUCCUCUGCCACUCUUGCUAAGUAAGUAGUUUUGACAUACCAAAAACUGAAGCACUUUAGUGGUAGUAUUAGCUGUUUUUAAGAAGGGAUGGCAAAUCUAAUUAUAAAUGAAGAGGGAUUUAAAAAGGGUGGAAGUACAGUAACAGGAUAAUUGGAAAAAAAAUUCAACUUCCUCCAUGCCAAGGAGAAAACAUUAUAAUUAUUUUGGAAAACAUCUCAAUAACACAUAGCAUCCACUUGUUCAAUGGGCCACUUAGUAACGUCUAUUUAGUGUCCAAAGAUUGCUUAUGUUGAUGUAUGGAAAAAAGCAUGAUUCAAAAACUUAAGAGGAGGAAAAUAAACUCUUCUUUUUACAUAGGAAGGAAUACAGAUAGUAAGAAUGUAAUUUAUCUGAAACUUAUAAUAGAUUUUUAAGUAAUAAAAAAAAUCUACUACCUUGUCCCGUCUGCUAGACUUUCAGUACCCUAAAAUAUACUAGAAUGUGUCACUGCUAAUUUUUUAUUUCUAUAUAAAAAUAGUACAUUAUUUUAUCUGUUAAUUGAAAUUUUACAUUUCUGAUUACCAAAGUUCAUUCUGAUAGCAUGUACUUUGUGAAUUAUCUUUGUCUAUAAUUGGCAGAUGUUUAUAUUAAAAUAAAAUAUUGUAUUAAAAUUUGAAAAUAGGUAUUUUGGAUAGAUAAGUGUCUGCAGUAUAUAAUUUAAUGUGAUCAUAGUUAUGAUUGCUAAUCUUUUUGUUUACUAUAACUAAGAUUAUAUAACUAUUUUUCCAUUGGGAAUAUGCAUUUUCUUAAUGUUCCAAGGUCUAUCUUUUGUUAAGUCAAAAAACCUUCUCAUGAGCUAUAGCUAUUCGUCAUUCUGUACAAAAUGAAAGGUUUGAAAAUUGUUUGCUAUGAUACCUUGGAAAAGAAGCCAGAAUAUUUUAUUUGCUUCAUCAACUUUAGUGUAUAUUGUUUUGUUAUUUUAUACUAAAACGUGUUUAUUUCUGCUUUUGUAAAAGUAAAAGGUUGACAUUUUCUCUUGUACCAACCAUGUUUGUAUUUCUAUUUUCUGUAAUGUUUAAGCAUGAUGUAGAACAAAUUCACAUUUUCAUAUAGUUUGGAUGGGAAGAAUAUUGACUAUUUCAGAGGCUUAUUGUUUUCUCUGUAUUUACCUGAUAUUUUGUAACUUUUAUGAAUCAGAAUAAUGUCCUUCAUAAAUUUGUUUAAAGUCAUCUACUUGUAACAGGACAGAUACACAACUAUUUGAGGUUUACAAACUACAUCUUUGAUAAGGGAAAUGGUUUCGUGACAUGUAUACAAUUGCUAUUAAAAUGUAACUAUAUUCUAUAUGACUGUAAAUAUUUUAUACAACAAUACAAAUAAAAUAUUUUUCUAUUAUA